GCUGCAAUAUGUUCUCAUGGGAAGACAAGUGGAUUUUUUUGUAUCUAUAACAGAAAUGAUAUUUUUCAUGACUAUCAUUGGAUUUCUGACUUUUUUGGAGCCUAAAAUAUCAUUGACCACGGCAGCCCCCUGGAUGCCACGCCAUAUUUUCCAACUUUUUCUCUAAUUGAGAAUCUCAUCCCUGUUUUAACUGAAAUAUAUAUAUAUAUAUAUAUAAAUAUUUGUUUACUGUUGUCACUGAAAUGUCAGGAAGAUUUAGAUACAGUUUGCAAAGUACUUGGGUAAACUUACCUUUACCUUCAGUGUUAACUGACUUUGCAAAAUUGAGUUUCAACCUUUGAUCACUCUGCAAAAGUACCUUGAGAUGAAUUGUUUGAUUGAGGACAGCAGUGUGCUCUUAACAGUUGAUGUGCCCCCAAGAUUGGAUGAUAUAUCUGAAUAUAUGUCUAAAUGAAAUAUGGCCUUUUGCAGAAACACUUGGUGAUUCUCUCUCCUCCAUCUCCUCCCCCUACUAAUCUUCCAUCGCUUAUACUACAUAAUACCUUAUCAUUCUUGUUUCUCUUGUGAUAGUACAAAGUAAAUAUGUACAACUGUUGAAAUAACAGCUUUAACCCAUCACAAUAACCCAAUAUGGCUGAAAUUUUUCAUUUAUUUGUGAAUGCCAAUUACAAAGUCAUAUUUAAGUAAACUUUCUAAUAAAAGACCAGUAGAAAUGUUUAAAACCAGUAUUUAUAAUUAUGCAUUUUUUUUUCAACUGAUUCAAAUUUAUUUCUUGAUAAAUUAUGCAAUAAUCAAGUGCAAGUGACCCAUAUUCUGACUCAUUAACUGUCUUUAACUGCAAUCCAACUGUUCAUGAAAGUCAAACAGUGUUGAAAUUGCUGUUUGCUUUUGUGUAUUGGUGCUUGCUGUUUGCACACUGUUGAAGUGGGAAAUUGUAUUCAUUGGUUGAUUGUCCUUUAAAUCAGGGCUAAAUGUGGUCCAAGUCACUGUGAAACCUUAUAAAUGUCACCAACAUACAUAUUCAUUGCCUGAGUUAUACAGAAAGGGUUAGUAAUGUAUUUGUCUAUAUUACAGUUGCCAUUCUUUUAUAUGUGACCAUAGUAAGUAUCAUCAGGACUUGUCCAAGUUCUUAGUCCAAAAUUGUGUGUUAACUUUCUGAAAUGUUUACACUACUCACAAAUGUGAUGACGUUUCCUCAAGUGAAGUAUUUGUGAUCAUUGUCGUGUGUUUCAUUAUUUGAUAUCUGUCAUAGAGGACGUUCUUAUUUUGCUAAGCACUGCAAACGUGCAUCUUUGUUCACCCUGGCAACUCAGUGGAAUUUGAUAGAACUUGUCAUCUCUAUCGAUUGCUUUCAUGUGCACUUUGACAUAUGGAUGCAUAGGAAUUUUAUGAGAGCUCUUCAAAUGGAAUGAUACAAGGUGCUCACUUCUGUGAUCCUUUGACGAUUGUAAAAACCGUUAAUUGAUAUGACUAUCAGUAUUUAAAAUUACCAUUGAUUUAGAGGCCCUUGGUUUCAUCUUUAUUUCAAAUAUUUAUACCAAGUGUUGAAAAUUUUCUGCCUGCUUAUCUCACCUUUUUCCAGCAAGGUCAUAAACACUGAUAUCAAUUCGCGGAUUAAUUAAUUUGUGUUUUAAUGAAUUUUUUCAAUUCCAAAUUGUAAGUAUGAUUAGGAAAACAAAAUCAGCAGUGGGAAGGAUACAAUGGCUAAAAGUAUAGUAUUAUAAUGCAAAACAAAGAAGUUUUUCUAAUUUAAAAACAAUAAAAAAAAGCAGAGGUUAUCAGUGUUUGUGGUUGGAAACAAACAUUGCAUAAGUUUAAUAAAACACAUUUGGGGUGAGACCUUGUUAUCAGACAGAAUGCCAGUAUUAAUCUGGCUAAUUUGUCAAGGCGUUGCAGUUCCCUACUUAAGAGACCAAAAGACAACCCUUAAUCCCUUUGAUGGCAGUGUUUGUCAGGGCAGUGAUGGCCAAUAUGUACUUAACCCUGGAGUUAAAUACACUUUUCAGGGUGCUUUCACAGUGAAACUAUCAUGCUAGGUAGUUCAAACUAACUCUGCAGGGACUCUUGCUGAAUGUAGUCAGAUAAACAGACUAACAGGCCUCUAUAUGGAAUUAGGUAGACUAUAGAAAAGCUGGUUGUUAUACUAGUGUGUGGGAGACAAGAGUCAUGGCACUGUGUGAUGUUCACUGUGUGAUGUUUGGGACUGAACACAUGGUAUCAGUGGUCAAGCUGUGUGACAUUGACCAGUGACCAUGCCCUCUCUGUAUGUCCAACUGAACACAUGGUAUCAGUGGUCAAGCUGUGUGACAUUGACCAGUCAAUACAUCAGUGACCAUGCCCUCUCUGCAAGUCCAACUCAUGGUCAGCAGAACAGUGGAAUAAUACUUUAUCAACAUUUGAAUUUAAUUGAGUUUACCCUGAACAGAUUAUCUCACUGUGUUGGUAUUAGCUAGUUCUCAUAUCCAGUAAGUGGUGAUAUCGUUCUCCAGCAUGCCCGCGUAGAUUGACCCUAUCUUGGUGAUAGGCAAACAGUGUUAUCGCUUUUAAACUCAGCGUCUUGUUUACUCUUCAACCGACGCUCUCCCCCCAACUCUUGUUGCACUUUUGACAGUUUUAUGAACACAUUUGGAGAGAUGUGAUAAUUACAAAAUUAACUCCUGAUUAAAUAGCUUCACUGGCUAGAUGCAUGAAUGGUCAAUUCAAGUACCCCAUUGUUGAACAUUCAAGUACUUUCUUUUUCAUUUUUCUUAAGAUUUUGACUUUUAGAUUUAUAGUUUAUUUAUUGUAAAAUUCUGAAAUAUCUGAUGUAAAAAGAGCAAAAAACAGUAUGGAAUACUCUCUGGGCUGUAACACAGGCAUUCUUUAUAACAUGCCUUAGAUAUUCAACACAUUCUAAAUACCACAAAUAGAAAUAGCUUUAAAAAAAAAACCCACGCCUGCACAUGUUCAAAAUAUCACAAACAAAUAUGAUUCAGAAAAAAGGAGCAAGAAAGGCUCCUCUCCAAGCACACCUGUGGACCUUUAGAAGCCACUUCAUUGACAAGUAUAAAAGCAGGUGCUUGAAUGGUGAAUUCAGCAGCAACUUUUUCAGGUCUGAUUUAGGGUACCUUUGUUGACUCUCAAACAUCACCCUGUGCUAAUAAAAAAUAAAUGGGUAAUACAAAAAAAAAUUUACUCUCUCCAACCUUUUGUAUACAAUUUUCAUUGAUAACCACAAUAAAUGUUUGAAAUGUUUAUAUAACUGUGUUAUAAUUACUGUCAACCGUGCAGGCCCCAUAGCCUCUUGACUAGGCUAUGCUAUAGAAGUAAGUCAGGGAUUUGCCCUCGUCUGUGGAUAAGCUAUUGAAGGUAUACAGGAAAGUUCUUUUGUCUUGGAUGUUUACUAGCCACGCUGUGUAGAGAAUAGGCCCAGGGUCUCAAUGAAAGCAAUCAAUUGAUUGGUAAACGUCAACUUUACACUUAUACAACAAGUACAUAACAGUUGAGCCUGAAAAUUAAACUAGGUCACAAAGCCGACAGACCUGACGCGUCCCUCAUCAGUUUGAAUUGGAUUUUGAGGACGAUAUUCUGUCUUUUGGUACCUGUUGGAAGUCUUGCAAUACAAGAAAAAGGUUGGCGAACUUGAGACCCAAAAUACCGACCUAAGAUCGUUGCAGAGUACACAAGACGUCCUUCAGAGCCGCCUGGAGACCACAGAAGCCAGACUGCGCAUGGCGGAGGAAGAUGCCAGCAUGGACCUGGAGACAGCUCUUAUUAAGCUGGAGGAAGAGCAGCAGAGGAGCUCCAGCCUUGCUCAUGUGAACUCCAUGCUCCGUGAGCAGCUUGACCAGGCCACAUCAGCCAAUCAGCAGCUGACCCAGGACAUCCAUCGCUUGACCACUGACUGGCAGCGUGCCAGAGAAGAAUUGGAGCAGAAGGAGUCAGAGUGGAGAGACGAGGAACAGUCCUUUAAUGAGUACUUCAGUGCUGAGCACAGCCGUCUGCUGUCUCUGUGGAGGGCUGUCGUCGCCUUCAGACGUCAGUUUGGAGAGAUGAAGUCAGCCACAGAGCGCGAUCUGUCUCACAUUCGUGCUGACUUGACUCGUACUUCCCGUAGCAUGCAUUCUGCCUGUCUCAACCUCAGUGCCAACUUGAGGAGCAUGGACACUCAGUCUCAGGUAUCUGCUGACAGGGAUCGUAGCGACCGUAACGCCCUAGAGAACCAACUACGCGACAAGGUCCGCGAGGUGAUGGAACUGCAGACCAAGUUUGACAUUCACACCUCUGAGCUCAACUCCAAGGUCAAUGAACUUACCAUGAUGAAUGAGAAACUGAAGAUCCAGCUGAUUGAGAAAGACAAGUCCAUCAGCACACUUCAGGCUAACAUGGACCGUGUGGAUGCAGGGCGCAUGGAGGCAGCACGUGAACGCGAGUCUAUGGAGGUGGAGGCCUCACAGACCAUGCGUGAGGAGACAGAAGCACUGCAUGCAGCUCUGCGUGACAUCGCACAGGCCGUGAUAAGUGAUGCUGACCAGUCCAAGCUGGAGGAUGAAGGUGCAAGCACUGCUGAGCUGGCGAGGUCAAUGUCCCCAUCACGCUCACCACGCAUGCGCACUCGCACACGCUCAGCCUCUCCCAGUCGCUCACCUGCCUUCGCGGACUCCACAUUCUCUGCUGUGCAGGCAGCGCUGAACAAACGUCAGUUGCAGGUGCAGGAAAUGCGUGCCAAGUUUAACGCAUCAAAGGACCAGAAUGCAGCACUUCGCAAGCAGCUUGAUGAUACAGAGAAUGAGCGCAGGCGCAUUGAGAGACAGAUGAUGGAGUACAGAGAAGAGCUGGAUAAUGCGCGCAGAGACAAAGAAGAUUCAUUCCGAGAUCGUGACCGUUUCAAGAACCAGCUAGACCUGACUGGCAGCGAGAAGUCGCAGCUUGAAAGAAUGCGCCAGGCACUUAAUGAACAAAUUGAGGCCUUGAACACUGAAAAUGAGAAACUCCAGGCAGCAAAUUCUGAGAUUCAGCGUCAGCGAGACAACAUUGAGGAUGAGAAAGAUGAUGUCAUCAAGGAUAAAGAACGUCAGAUUAAGGAGAAUGAGAGAUGCCACAAGGUAAUAGAACAGCUGGAGAUGAAACUGUCCAAACUCAGAGAGGACUUUGUGGAGACCAAAGAAACUCUGCACAAAUCUCAACUAGACAAAGAUGUACUGGAAAAUGAGAAAGCUGAGAUGGGCGAGGCCUUGUCUAAGGCUGAGCUUCGUAUGGCAGAGCUGGAGCUAGCUGUGAACAAACUGAAGACAGAGGAGGCAGGCCUCCGCGAUGCUCUGCUGAAAAUGCAGGCUCUGAAUGAAGGCUUGGGACAGGAUAAGAUUGAGCUGAACAAGAUCAUUAUGCAGCUUGAGGCAGAGAAGGCCUCCUUGUUUGGAGAGAAGCAUGCUAUCAUUGCUGAGAAGUCUGGAAUUCAGGAAGAACUGGUCCGGGUGGAACAGGAGAAAAUGGAUCUGGACACUGAGAAACUCGGCCUAAACCAGACUGUGGAGAUCCAUGAGCAGACGGUAGAAAACCUUCAGGAGGAGAUCACCAUCUUGAAUCGUGAGAAAGUGGAAAUUACUGAGCAGCUUAACUCUGUGUCUCGUCAGAAGUCUGCUCUAGCUGAGGAACUUCUUCAGUCCAGGAAGGAGUGUGAGCGUCAGAGUGACACCGUUGUCCGCAUCGCCAAGGAGAAGGAAGAUCUGACCAAGGAAAAAGCCUCUCUCAUCGUCCAGCUGACCAGCUCUGAGCGUGAGAACCGACAGCAGAGUGAGAUCAUUGCUGGGUUUAAGGCAGACAAGGAAAGUCUGGAAAAUGCACUCUAUGAGGCGCAGCAGCUCAACGCUCAGUUGGAGACCCGUAAGGAACAACUGGAGGGAGAGAAUCAGGAGCUGAUCCUGCGUAAAGAGGCCCUGCAAGCUGAAAUUGCACGUCUGCGCAAGGAGAUGGAGCUUGAAAUUGAGAAGCUUGAAAGACAGAAGGAGAGUAUUACUGCCAAACUGGGGCAGACAGAGCGUGACCUCAAUGUUUCUCUCACACAGGAAAAACAGGCUCAUGAGGAAGAUAUAGAGAGACUUACCAGGGAGAAGGAAACCCAGAGAAUAGAAUAUGAAGCCAAUCGUGAAGAAAUCCUCCACCAUAAUGCUAUGGAGAAGGAAGAAAUGAUUGCAAGAGCUGAGAAUGAAAAAGAGCAGCUCCAGCAGGAAUUGGCAGCCAUCCAGAGAGAGCGUGAUGACUCCAUGUUGUUUGCAGAGAACGAGAAGCAGCAGGUCUUGUCUCUGAUGGAACAAGAAAAGUCAACUCUGGCAGAGAAGCUGAACAGCACCCAGAAGGACCUUCAGAGCCAGAUUGUUGAGAAUGAGCGCCUGAAGAGGGAGUCCAUGUCCAGGCAGGAGUCUGAUAAGAACUCUAUCAACGGCCUGCAGGCAGAACUGAAGAAGUUCAGAUCUCAGUUUGAAGAGGCUACAGUUGCUCAAGACAGAGAGCUGAAGGAUCUCAACGGUCGUAUGCAGGAGUUGCAACGCCAGAAAGAGCAAGCAUUACGUGAGGUGGCUGAACUCAAAGUACAACUAAAGAUGGUGGAAGAAACACGUGACACAAUUAGACGUGACCUUAUUGAAGCUAACCGUAAAAUUCGGGAAGCUGAUGAAACCAAAGAACUGAUGCGUAAAGAAAUUGGUGAUCUCAAACGUAGUGUGAACGAUGAGGUGCGUGAAAAAGAGGCAGUCCAGAAAGCCAAUGAGGAGCUGCGUAACAAGAUCAAGAGGGCUGAAGGUGAAAAGAUAGAGCUGAGUCGUAAUCUGCAGGAGGCCAAGCAGAGAAUUGGAAUUCUGGAGGAGCAGAAGACUGGAGUCCAAAAGGAGGCCUCGGACCUUCGUGCCAGUCUCCGUGAAGUAGAGAAGGCUCGUCUGGACGCACGUCGUGAGCUGCAGGAGCUUCGUCGUCAGGUGAAGAUGUUGGACAGUGAGAGAAGUAAGCUAGGGAAGGAGGUGGGUGAUCUCCAGAACCGUGUGGCCAGAGAUGAGGAGAAAGAAGAGGAAUCCAGGAGAGAGCAGUAUGGACUGAAGCAGAAGGUUGUUGAGACUGAAGCCAGCCGUGAGGCUCUUCGCAAAGAGCUUGCUAAUCUUCAGCGUCGUUAUGCUGAACUUGAGGACGAGUCCCGCGUUAAGGAGAAGGACUACCAGAUGGCACUGGAGGACAGUCGUCGCAAUGAACGCAAACUGGAAGAGAUACGUCGCAACCUUGAGACAAACCUUGAGGCAUGCAACAAUGAGAUUGGAGAGCUGAAGCUGGCAUUGAGCGGAGCAGAGGGACGUGUCAACGCCCUUGAGGCUCAGCUUGCCCGUGUCGAGGGGGCCAAACGCGACGUUGAGUUCAAACUGAGCAGCAUUCAUUCCACACUGAGACGUACAAUUGGUUUCCGCCAAGACAUGCCCAGAUCUCCAAGUCCAACCAUGCGUGCACGUAGUCCGAGCCCACGACGCACACGUCCUACAUCUCCAGCUAAAGGCUUUGACAACACUUUCACAACCACAACUGAUGGCCGCGGCAGUCCAAUUGCUCGCACUGGCUCCCCAGACCGUGCUCGUAGCCCCACACGUCGUGAGCGUGAUAUGUCUCCCUCCAGACUUGACCAAUCUGUGUCCAUCGCAGAUAUUGACCCUGAGGCUGUCCGUAUUGCACUCCGAGACUUUGUUCAGCAAUUGGCUGGAUCUGAGAGAGAAAGGGAUGACUGCCUGUCCCAAGUGCGCAGUCUGUCCAUGCAGCUGAAGGAGAUGGAAGAGGAUCGUGACAGAACAGAGGCCAGGCUACAACAGCUGCAGAAAUCCCUGGGAGAGGCAGAGGAAGACAAGAGAGGCAUUGACAGUCGUCUAGCUAGCGCGCAGACAGCACUCAUGCUGCAAGAGGAGACAAUCCGUCGUAACGAGCGUGAGCGCAAGACCAUGGCAGAGAAAAUCAACACGUUGGAGCGUGGUCUGGCAGCCAUGGAGUCUGAGAAGAGACAGCUGCAGGAAAGAGUUGGCAAGAUGAAGCAGAAUGAGGCUAAGUUGGAGGAGGACAAGAAGCAGCUGCGUAUGGCUCUGGAUGACUCUGAACAGCGCUGCACCAAGACGGAGCUGGCCAAGCGCUCCAUGGAGGGUGACCUUCAGAGACUGAAGCUUGCCAUGAAUGACAAGGAGACAGAGAAUCAGGUCCUCCAGGAGCGUAUAGAUAACCUGACCCGUCAGAUGCAGGACCUGGACAGCAAGUGUCAGUCUCUACAACUGACCAUUGACCGCCUCAGUAACGCCCUGUCCAAGACUGAGGAGGAAGAGAGUGUCCAGAAAGAUAAGGUACAAGUUCUGAACAUGUCCCUGUCGGAGCAGUCUGCCACCAUUGCUGACCUGCAGGAACGUGUGCAGCAGCUACAACGUGCUCUCACCAGCAGUGAGCAUGACAGACGCGUGCUACAGGAACGACUGGAUACCACAAGGCAAGCCCAGAAUGAGGCUAAGAAACAGAACCACAGCCUGAUGGAGCGUGUGCAGGCAAUCCAGAAUGAGCUCUCAGACAGCGAAGUGCGCAGAAACGAACUGGAGGGGCAAGUCAGGCAGGCACAUGGGAUCAUUGUGCAGAGACAAGAACAGGAGCAAGAAUUGAACCAGCGCCUGCAGAAACUUGGCACUGAAAAGCAAGGCUUACAAGAACGCGUAGCCUCUCUCCAACGCCAGUAUGCUCAGCUAGAAACUGACAAACGUGAGAUCGAGCGUAACGUCAUUCGCACAGAGAAGGACAAGUCCGCACUGAAGAAGACUCUGGACAAGGUUGAGCGCGAAAAGAUGAAGACUGAAGAAGUUGCCUCACGCAGCAUGACUGAGAAAGGAAGUAUGGAGGGAACUCUGAAGCGCCUGGAGGAAGAAAACAUGGACCUUCAGCGCCAACUUCAGAGCAUGCAGGCUCAGAUGGCUGAGAUGGAGCAGGCUCAUUCUCAGAGGUUGAUUGACUUGACCACGCGUCACCGCUCAGAAACGGAAAUGGAGACUGAGCGUCUACGUUCUGCUCAACUCCAGGCAGAGCGGACACUUGAAGCUCGUGAGCGUGCACACAGGCAGAGAGUGAAAGGUCUAGAAGAACAGAUCAACACACUGAAGGACCAGUUAGCCCAGGAGAUGCGUAAACGUCAACAGUUCAUCCAGCGCAGCACGCGCACAGGUGAUGACAUCAAAGACAUCCGUAACAUCCUGGACAGCUCGCUAGGCACAGUGGCACGUGACCCUGGGUUAGACACCCUUCUUCUGGACCAUGAGACCAGUAAACUUGGGGACACUGUUGACCAUCAUAGCACCAUCUCGCCGACAAGGCUGUCACCACGACGACGAUCUCCCACACGCAGCACUUCACCAGUUAGGCUGGGUCGUGUCACGUCCACGCCUGCAUCUCGUCAUGCCAGCAGCAGCAUACGCCGCACUCCUAGUACCUCAAGCCCCAUGAGCUUCAAGAGGAAGUAACACUGCCAGACCUCUAGAGGGUUAAAUAUGCAACUAAUAAUUGACUGAUGUAUUGAACAGAUUGAAGACUAUUUCAGUGUUUUAUUGUAUUGUCAUUUUAUUUUUGUGCAUAUUCAGUUUAAGAUGGGACCAACAUUUUAUUGCUGCAUUUAUUGAUUAAUAGAUGUUUUUGCUGCUCAAUAGGGGGCAGAGCUUAUGAAAACCGUCCAAGAAUCAGGUGACUUGUCACA